AUGUCAUGGAGUCGGCCUGUUUAUACUAGGGUAGAGGGCUUCACGUCGUCGCAGUCGAGAAUGGGCAAUAAAUAUGCCAUUUAUUUAUAUAGAGAAGGAGGCAUUGAUCCGGCCGAGGUGGUUGUUUCUCGGAGUAAUGUGCCGGUACUGUUUAUUCCAGGAAACGCUGGAAGUUAUAAACAGGGUAGAUCCAUUGCCUCGUACUGUGCUAAGAAGACGGCCGAGCUAGUUGGUAGUGGAGAAGGUCCAGCUCCGAAACUGGAUUUCUUUUUGGCAGAUUUUCAGGAAGAUUUCACGGCUUUUCACGGCAGGACGUUGUUGGAUCAAGCCCAGUAUUUGAAUGAUGCCAUUGAAUAUAUCUUAUCAUUGUAUCAGGGUGAGAAUGGCGAAGGUGAUGGAGCUCCAGCUCCUACGUCGGUUGUGGUUAUUGGCCAUUCUAUGGGUGGGAUAGUCGCUAGGACGCUGGUGACGCUGCCUAAUUAUAUUCCAGAAUCAAUCAACACCAUAAUCACCCUGUCUACUCCUCAUACACUGCCACCACUCACCUUUGAUAAGGAUAUUACCGUCAUAUAUGACAAGGUCAAUCAGUACUGGCGACGUGCUUUUGCCAAGGAGAAGAGGUAUCUCCAGGUAGGAACGUCUGAACAGGAGAAUGAACAGGAGAAUGACCGGGAGAACGACCGGGAGAACGACUUGGAUCAUGGUCCUCUGGCUGAAACUUCGUUGAUUUCUGUGACCGGAGGCCAGAGCGAUACCAUGGUCCCGUCAGACUAUACAGCUAUAUCAUCUAUUGUGCCAGCGAGUCACGGAUUCACGGUGUUUUCGUCGGCUGUGCCGUUUGUGUGGACCGGAGUCGACCAUUUGGCAAUGGUGUGGUGUGCUCAGCUCAGACAAGCUGUCGGCGACGCUCUGUUUGAUAUUGUAGAUACUACCAAACCACACCGGACAAUCCCACUUUCGAGUAGGAUGUCUGUAUUUAAAAAGCACCUGCUGUCUGGUUUUGAAGAGGAAGCUCGUCAGGAAGACACAGAUGUACCUAUUCACAAAAUUGUACUGGAUCAUUGGAAUGGAGUAGCACAGCUCUUAGAGGUUCCUGAUAUCAACGGGAAACUUGCCAUUGGUCCAUUGUCGCCAAACAGUGCGGUAUGGGCUCCUGACUAUUUAAAAACUAGUGUCAAAGGCAAGAGUCCUGUGCUUCUGUGUCGGUUACCACAGCAAGUAAACAGCACCAGUCUUGCUCAUCUGCCAUCUGACUAUAUCGAUUGGACGACAGGUUCUGGACCCGAGGGUCAACAAAGUGUUUUAGAAUGUGUCGAUCUUCAUCAAUACUCACCUAAAUUUCCACUGGUUACCGACCUAAGUGCCAUAUAUCCGUUUGAGUACGACCAUGGGCGGCAUCUUUCUGUUCAUGUCCAGCAGGACGAGCACGAAAAGUUCCCACUUAUCGUUCAUGCUGUGAAUAAGAACACAGAGAGUCAUCUCACCAUAUCACCAGCUAACAGUAUCGUCAAAAUAACCGACAGCUUAUUACGGCUUGCAUUUGUGGGCAGAACCAUUCGCAUUUCCAACCCCUUUACCCAUGUAUCUUUAGACUCCGUUUCCAGCAGUCUCCUCUCAUACAAAGUACGACUGAACUCUGCUCCUUUUACCAGCCAGUGCUCCACCAGACAGACGUAUUUUCUCCCCUACAUUCGUCAGUAUAUCGACGAGCCUCACGAGUCGCGUAUCCACGUCAAUGCUCUCAACCGACCCAUCACUGUGGUUAGCCAUGGUGCUAGUCCAUUCGUGCCAAACACUUUACCAAAAACUAAUGUUCAUUUACAGGUGUUUGUUCCUCAAUUCAGCUGUGCUGACAGCGAGUCUAUCAUGUACAGUUUGUCGGUAUCGAUUGAUCUGCUCGCCAGUCUAGGUAACCUGGCAAUUCGCUACCGAACUCUGAUAGCCAGCUUGCCACUCGCCAUUACAUGUUUAAUCUUUCUGUUACAGCUCGAAGCCUAUAAUGGCAAAGGCAUAUUCAUAUCGUUUGGUGACGGCCUCAACGCAUUCACCAAAGGACCACUUCUAAUCCUGUUAUUAGUAUGCCAAGUCCUCUACUUUGCUCUAUCACAGCCAUUUAUGCGGAGCAUAUUCCUUUCAUUACAAAUCCCGUCCGAAUACGACAACAUUUCCGCUCUUCAGGAUUUUAACCCUGACAUCAACCAAAACGACAUAUUUGUAGGAACUUCCGAAGUCUCUCUAUGGGGUAUUGUCCCGUUACUCAUUCUAGUGUCCACUGGUCUCUGCUACAUGGUCCACUAUCUCCUCAAACUUCUCAUCGACCUCUCGAUAUUUCUUCCCACUUUCGGAUCCAGCAGCGAGCCAGAACCAGACCUAGCAACCAAUGAAAUAACCAAAGACCCCAAACCAAGAACCCUAUCAACGACCAAACCCCAACGACGACGACGGACAAUAAUCACCAGCAUCGUGUCACUUUUCGUGCUCUUUUUCAUUCCAUACCAGAUAGCAUUUCUAGCGGUGUUCCUGAGACAGCUCGUCAACGCUGGCAGUUCACUGCGCAAAAUCAAGCUGGGAUCCAAACAAAAUAACAACAACAAUAACGGUGACAAUAGUACCAUCAACUCGAUCUUAUCAACGAUUCGGCUCAAUAACAACCUGUACAAUUUCAACAUGACCAUCGCCAUCAUGUUCCUGUGGGUGUCCAUCAUCAACACCCCACUGCUAGUGAUCUGGAUCCACAACCUGUCACUGCAAUGGUCCAUUGCGUUCUCAUCGCGCAACAACAUCCUCGCCGUUCUUCCCAGCAUUCUAUUAGUCCAAGAAAACGCUUCCGGAUCCAUGCUGCCGAGAAUGUCAGGUCGACUUCAAAGGGGAUUCACACUCGUUAUCCUCUCCUACAUCUCCAUCUAUGCCACCCUCUACGGCUUCCUCCACACGUACAUGCUCCACCACCUCGUCAACUACCUCGCGGCCUGGCUCCUAGUAAUCUACUUCGACGACCCCGGCGUCAGAACCCGAGUCGGACGAUUCCUAUCGUGA